GAUGGCAGUAUAUUUUUCAUUCAGACAAUAUGGCAGCGCCCAUGGCCAUAGCAUCAACACGCUGGCAGUGUUUUUCAUUGAAUCCCGGCUUCAUUAAGUUCUGAUAUUUUCAGUGAUAGAUCAUUGAUUAUAUCGAAUUUUGAGUUUCGUGAGUUAUUCAGCCAACAUUUUAUGAAACCGUUAUCUUUGUUUUUAGAAAAAAGGAUCCUAUAUUAUCAGUAACUGAAGCUAAAGCCUAAGCACACAAAAAUGUCGAUGUCGCAUGAGUUCCCGUGUGUGUGGCGAAUAGAGAAAAGGAUUGCGCAAUCACUCGGAAAUGAAAACAUCGGGGAGUUGGUGGAGGACAGUGAGUUGGAGCUCUGUGAAGAAUGGAUAAGGGAAUUUGUCCCCAAUGACAUCGAUCUGGACAAAGAGGAAGUAAGUAAGUUCCUGUUAUCAUUAUUGACUGGCGAUUACGAACAGGUGAUUACUUCAGUCAUCACUGGUCAGAUCCUAGCCAGAACUCCCCACCAAGAUGUUACACAGCAGAUUUCAAGAAAUGUCACAGAUUUUGUGGGACAACUUGAACAGCCGAGGGAAAAAGUUUUCAGGCAGUUCUUAGUAGCAUGCGUGGGUAUCUCAAGUUUGCAGCUGUUUGUUCAAAAUAAUUGGACUGGACCAUUGACGGGCAAACCUGUGAUUCAUCGUCUAGAAAAUCUUCAUAUUCUGCAGAAGGAUGAAGAUAUACGGGACGUAGCCAAAUCUGCCCUCUGUCCUGAUGAUUGUUCAAUAUAUCCUCUAGUUUGCUUGCCGGAACUACUUCUUAUUGCACGUUGUGUUUUUAUAGAAUCCAGUGAUCAUGUUGCCCUUUGUAAGACAGCAGAUUGGUGGAGGUUACGAUGUCUAUGGGUACAGCAACAACUCUUAGAUGAGAGAUCACCUCAACUCUUCAGUCUCAUAUUACCAUUAAUCAAUUCAAUCCAAGAAGAUGAGGUACUGAUGUCUCCUGAACCAGACUUCUCUAUUCCUCUGAUGUUUCAUCUGGAAUGUAGUUAUAUCUUUACCUAUUACUAUGAAUACAAGAAGGGAACUGAAUGCAUAGCAAAUGCCAAAAAGCUGGCUGGAAUAGAAGUGGGACUGACAGGUGCCCUCGGGAAGAGAACUCGAUUCCAGGUUGAUGAUAAACCUCAGCUUAUUCUUAAAGUGACAAGAGAUGAUGAAAGAGAUAGAGAAUCAGCGUUACAAUCAUUACCUUCUUCCACAGAAUGGUUGCCGAAGGAUUUGAAUCUUGAUGAUGAUACCGUAUUGAAUGCCAUUAAGUUCAAAGAAGAGACUGAAGGAAGUCUCCCUCCUCUAACGAGUCUAGAACAAGCAAUCGUCCUUGGGGUGUGUAUGGAACACAAGCGAUCAAGACCAAAGGAUCUACUUGUGUCUGAAGAGUUGAUGUCAUAUGCAGUGGGUUUGCUGAGACAACCGCAGAUGUGGAUAAUACAAACCCUGUCGUUGAGACUCAGAUGUUUGCUUGAGAAGGACAAAGGAAGGACUGUGGAACGUGCUAUGAUGCAAAUGCAGGUUCUGGUGGAUCAAAUUCUGAGUACAACUUGUCCUGUAAGAGAGAGAUUAAAACUCUUCUAUGCUGUCAACCUACCUCCUAAGUGGGCAUUAGAGGGGGAGCUAGCAGGAUUGCUUGUAAGCAUAGGCUGUGUGAGUGAUGCCUUGGAGGUCUACAUCAGACUAGAGCUGUUUGAAGAUGUGGUGAAAUGCUACAAGAUCAUGAAGCAGCCUGAAAAGGCCAUCCACAUAAUCGAGCAUGAGCUGGCUAAGAAGGAGACCGCCCUCAUGUGGUGCCUCUUAGGGGAUGUGACGCUUGAGAAGAAGUAUUACGAGAAGGCAUGGGAGGUGUCUGGUCAAAAGUCAGCAAGAGCGAUGAGUUCACUAGGUGCACUCUAUCUUCAUGAAGAGGAAUUCCCCAAGGCAAUAGAGUGUUUAGAGCUGUCAUUAGAAAGGAACUAUCUUCAGUAUAGUACGUGGUUCAGUCUUGGCUAUUGUGCAUUCCAGAGUGAGAAGUAUGAGAUAGCCAUUAAAGCUUACCGUCGAUGUGUACAGCUUGAAACAGAUGAUUAUCAGUGUUGGAAUAAUCUCGCAACAGCCUUCAUCAGGCUCAAUGACAAACCCAAAGCCUUCAGAACCUUACAAGAAGCUCUCAAAUGCAACUAUGAAAACUGGAAAAUAUGGGACAACUUUCUCGGAGUGAGCAUUGAUAUUGGUGAGUUUGCAGAGAGCAUCAGAGCUUUUGGACGUCUCCUUGACCUAAAGGAGAAGUAUGUUGAUGAAGCGGUUCUUGGGGUCAUGGUGAGAGCAGUGCUUGAAGACAUGAAGGAUCGCCAUGGUGAACCGGCUGGCUUACUGAAACCCAAGAUCUUAGAGCUAUUUGGUAGGAUCACAUCACAGGUGACGGCUAAUCCUAUAGUGUGGAGUCUAUAUGGGAAAUUACUAGGGGGUUGCCAGACAGAUAACCUUGUAGAGAAUGACAAAGCUCUGCAGUGCUUACAGAGGGCUCAUCGACUAAUCACACAGGAUGAACAGUGGCACAAAGAGGUUGACAAGGUCAAAGAGGUCAUAGGUCAAACACGAGAACUUGCAGAAGCUUAUGAGCACUGUAGCAAGCAAAAGACAAGUAAUCCACAGGCUGUCCAGUUACUAUCAUCAGCUAAGCUUAUGAUCAAAUCAACCAUCUCAAAGAUCAAGAAAGAGCAUUAUGAUGAAACGAUUCCACCACCGUCAUGGGCCGAGCUAAGUCAACCUGUUGAGGGAUUAGAGUCCAAACUACAAGAACUGCUCGAUAGAAUAUCACAAUUGAAAUCAGGCUGAUAGUUCCCUGUCCUCUUAUCAAAUUCAUUUUGAGUUUUGAGAUUUCUUGGUUGAUGUUAAGAAAAUCAUUCUCAAUAAUGUAGCAAUGGAAUGCACCAUCAUUCCAUUCAGCAUUCCAUAGUUGUCUCCAAGUCUUACUUAUGUACAUUGUCAAAGUGAAUUACACAUAUUUGAUUAUCCCCAUUUGUAACUUAAAAAAAUACAUCCCUCAAUGGAUAAUUGUCAUCGAACACUCACAUAUCAUUUUUCUUUAGCUCAGGUUAAUAUGUAAAGCAUUUGUAAUGGAUUAGGAAGUUGGUUGUGGAUGGCACUUUUCUAUUGCCGGUAUGAAACUGCCCUUUGACUCUUGUGAGUUUGAUUUGGUUGGAAAUGGGAAUAAUAUCUGGGUUUUUAUAUUUUCUUUUUAGUGAGUUAUAUAUCUGAAACAUAUUUUUAAAAGUCAGAAUACUGUGAGAGGUGAUGUAUUGUUUACCCAGUUAAUGUUGUUGAUUCAUUGGAGUCAAAAUAUUCCAAUGUUAUAUCAUACAGCCAUUUAUAUAUUCCUAAAGUAAGAGCUGCUUAUGGCAUCAUCUUCUAGGAGUAAUCCUGUGAAGCAUCAUUUCUGAUUCAAUUCUCACAUUGUUGUGUCUAUCCUAAAACAGUUUUAUGAACCAUGUCUUGCUCUCUUCAAAGAGAUUUUUUUCCAUUAAAAAAACAAAAAAAUUAUCAUAGAAAUAUGAAAUUGAAGGCUUGUGUUUUAUCCAGAGAAUGUAAAAUGUGGAAUAUCAACUAUUUGUUGCCUGAUUAUGAAUAUUCAACUUUACUAUUUUACCAUUCCUAAACUUGUCAAUAAUGCUCAAUUUUGCUUGGAUGCUGUGUCGAUGAAUAUACAAGAGGAAAGUUUGUUUUGGAACAAAUCAAAAUUGCCAUAAGUUUAUUCAAAACUAUACUAGUCUAUUGUACAUGCACAUCUCUACAGUAUAUUGUUUAUGUCAUAAAUAUGCCUCUUUUUGGAACGAACAAGGUUAUUAGCCAUAUCACUCAUAAGUAGGCCUACUUAUAAGCAUCAUUGGCACAUCUGUAAGGCUGUUCAUGUCUUGUGACAGACUGAACUAUUUUAUGUUUCAAAACGUGUUUACAAAUGUCUGAGCUACAGCCUGAGAAUAAUUAGACCUCUUGCAGGCAUAUAUGUACAUGAUGUGAUUCUUGGUAUUUUAUUAUACAUUACAAUUCUGGGACUGUAAGAUGAAAUUUACCUAACAAUGAUAUCAUUGGUAAUGACUAUUAAAAUCUUGAUUUUGAUUGACCCCUGGAGUUCGUUUCAUAUAAGUUAAGAGCGGCUUUAAGAAUGACUGGUGAUCCUUUCUUGUGGUAAAUGAUGUUCACCAUUAUAUGUUCAUUGGUGAUUAUUUUGUGUGUAGGAAAGUUUCACCAGUCGUUCUUAAAGUCACUCUUAACUCAUGAACAGCUUUAUGAAACACCCACUUGAACAGUUUUAUUAUGGUGUUCUACUGAUGAUGGUGUCACCAUAAACAGCACAAGACCCUUGUGGUGUUUCAUGAAAAGAGGAACUCUAUUUCAAGUAAAUGUUUAUUUUUCUUGGUCAGAAACGUCUAGAAAGAUUUAGUGAGACUUAGUCAUGUUCAAGUGAAACCAGGCUUCAAGUUCUGGUAAUCAUCACAGAUUGAAUCAAAAUUAAUUUUUAAAAAGGAAUCUAACAACUGACCGAGUGUUUGCAUGUAUAAUAGGUAAUUAAGUACCAAAUGACUGAGGGGAACAAGGUCCCAUUGAUGACCUUCUCAAAGUUAUGAAACAUUACCCACUUAGUUGUAAAGGGAUGCUCCAGGCUGAAAAUAUUUAUAUCUCAAUAAAAAGAGUAAAUUCAAAGAGCAAAAUGCUGAAAAUUUGAUCAAAAUUGGAUAACAAAGUUAUUGAAUUUUAAAAUUUGCAAUAUUCUGGUGAAACAGUUCUAGGCAUUUUCUCUUAGCCUAAAUGUCAUUUCCAUCCCCAAAACAAAGUGUUUUUAUAAGAGAAUAAUUAGACCAGCACAACACUGGAAAUGCCAUUAAUAUUGGAUAUAAAUUAAGAAAUUUAUGACAUUUUCAGGUUUUGUUUAAUUUAAAAAAAAAAUGAUAUGCCGUCUUGGGUUUUAAUGCAAAUGAGAGGACCAAUGAUGGCACACUACUUAUGUAAUUAUUUUAUUAUAUGAAAUAUGAAACAUUUCAUUAUUUACAUUUGAAAAUAAAGAUCCUCUUGAUUGAAUCAUAAUAGGUUACACAAAUGGGAGUUCCACAAUUGCAAGUUGGAAGCACACCAUGUUGUUCAUUAAUUGGAGCAAAAUUUAAAUAUUUUAUGUAUUAAGCUUCAAAAGAAAUAGUGUGUGGGGAAUCGAUUCCCCAAUUUGCAUAAAUGCUUUGUGAAGCUAUAAUAAACUUUGAAAUGCCAUUAACUUUUUCUCCAUCCACUUUUUAAUGAAAUGCUUAAUA